CCCCAUUUACGUCUUUUACGGGGAUAUUCGGUUCUCCAGCUCCUUGGUGUUUGUCUACCUACCUGAAUGUAGUCCGAGUCUCCGACUACCAAUUCUUGAACAAGAAAGCCUCUCCCUCCCCCUCUCAACCUUUUGAUUCUUCUAUUUUCUUUUUUUUCGUUCCGACCUCUACACCCUCAUCAUCUACUUUCCCCCCCAUCCCAGGAUAUCCUCCAUACAUCCAUUUCUUGGGUUUCCAGGGUCCAUCUAAUCUUUCGCAACAGCGUCCCUUUGCGCUGCCACUCCCCCUCCAACGCAUCGGCCGCGGCAUCUCAGUAGAUCGGCGUCAGCAAACAAGCGAAUAAUCCUCUGCAUUCCCGGCCGCCAAUAAACACCCUCACUAAAGUCCACUGCCGGUCUCGGAUAUGGCUCCCUCAAAAGACAUCGCCGCAUACAUACAGGAGCUGGCCACCCCGCCGCCUCCAGGUUCCCCUUACGGCCUGCCAGUCCCCGGUUCUGAGAAGGAGGGUCGCAGCGCAAUUUACCGUCAUUGGCGCUUCCGCGACGGUCCUCUGCUGUCCACAUUUGAUUCCGCUACCCAGACCGUCCACGACCUGUUCGAAGAUGCUGCCAAGAAGCGCCCCAGCGCGAGGUGCCUGGGUCACCGAGCUUGGAACGCUGCCACCAAGGAAUGGGACAACAAGUACACCUGGCAGACGUAUGCCGAGGUUGCCGAGCGCCGUAAGAACUUUGGUGCCGGGCUCGUAGAAGUCCACCAGAAGAUUGGCAUCACCAGCGACCACUACGGCGUUGGCCUGUGGUCCCAGAACCGUCCCGAAUGGCACAUCGCUGAUCUCGGCGCUGCGUCCCAGUCCCUCUUUACCGUCUCCCUGUACGAGACCCUCGGCCCCGAUACGACUGAGUACAUCAUUAACCACGCCAACCUGACUUGCGUCAUUACGUCCUUGCCGCACAUCCCCGUUCUGCUGAAGCUUUCGCCGAGACUCCCCUCUCUCAAAGUCAUUAUUUCCCUCGACCCCUUGGACGCUGGCGAGCCUGACGGCUACUCUAAGCUGUCUGUCCUGAAUGGUAUCGCUGCCCAACAUGGCAUUCAGAUCCACUCCAUGGCCGGCAUCGAGGAGCUUGGCCUCAAGUCUGCCCGCCCCAUGCGUCCCCCACGUUCGACCGACUGCGUUACAAUCAACUACACCUCGGGGACGACAGGAAUGCCCAAGGGUGUUGUUCUGACUCACGGCAAUGCCGUUUCCGGCAUUGCAGCCGCGAGAUCGUCCGGGACAGUCACUUACAAGGACGUUCAUAUCUCCUAUCUGCCUUUGGCUCACAUUUACGGGAGAAUGGUCGACCAAUGCGCCUUGGCCGAGGGUGCUGCUGUUGGCUUCUUCCGUGGUGAUAUCGUUGGACUGGUCGACGACAUGAAGAUUCUCGAGCCAACAGGUCUCAUGUCCGUCCCACGGUUGUUCAACCGCUUUAAUUCGGCCAUCCGGGCCGCCACCAUCGACGCCGACGGUAUCAAGGGAUCCCUGUCCCGCCAGGUUAUCAGCACCAAGAAGGCAAACAUGAAGUUGCCUGUGGGCAAGGCGAGCAACUCCCACUUUCUGUAUGACAGAAUCUGGACUCCCAAGGUUCGUGCCGCUGUCGGUCUCAAGAAGGCCCACAGCAUGGUGAGUGGUAGCGCUCAGCUGGAUCCCGACGUGCACGAGUUCCUCCGAGCCGCCUUUGGCAAUCACUUUGUCCAGGGCUAUGGCCUGACGGAGACCUACGCCGUCUCGACCGUCCAGCUGAGGGGCGAUUUUAGCUUGGGCAAUAUCGGACCGCCCGCCCCCUGCAACGAGAUUUGUCUGGAGUCCGUUCCCGACUUCGACUACCAUGUUACCGACAAGCCGUACCCGCGUGGUGAGAUCCUUCUUCGUGGCCCUAACAUCUUCCAGGAGUACUACAAAAAUGAGGAGGAGACAAACAAGGCCUUCGAUGCCGACGGCUGGUUCCACACGGGAGAUAUUGGCGAGGUCGACAAUAUGGGUCGCUUCAAGAUCAUCGACCGAAAGAAGAACGUGCUCAAGCUCUCUCAAGGAGAGUACAUAUCUCCAGAGCGCAUCGAGAACGUCUACCUUGGUAGCACCAAUCUGGCGGCCAUGGCCUACGUCCAUGGCGACCCGGCCCAGUCGUGCCUUGUCGCCAUCUUCGGCGUCGAUCCCGAGCACUUUGCGCCGUUCGCCAGCAAGGUCUUGAAGAAGAAAAUCGAUAUGACCGACCUCGCAGCGAUCAAGGCUGCUGGCGCUGACCCCAAAGUCAAGAAGGCUUUCCUUGCGGAGCUCGACAAGAUCGGCCGAAGCCACAAGUUCAACAGCUACGAGCGCGUGCGCAAUGUCUACCUGACGAUUGAUCCUUUCACUGUCGACAAUGAGCUAUUGACGCCUACUCUUAAAAUGAAGAGACCGCAGGCUGCCAAGGCAUUCCGUGAGCAGAUCGAUAAGAUGUACGAGGAGGUCAACGACGCGCCUUCGGCCAAGCCCAAGCUCUAAAAGGGCCCUACUAUGGGUUGGUGUUGGCUAAUGUUGUCUCAUGUGCGGGCUAUGUGUACUGUACCAUAUGACUUGAUCUACUGGCUUUAUAGGGUUCAAAUCGCAUGUGUCUUGAAAGAAUACUAUUAAACCUCCUCACUAAGCCUGCCACGUGGUUGAUCACAUCUCAAUUCAGCUAUAAAAACAAAGCACUUGUUACAGAUGUAAAUUAAAUAGCAUGUCCUUC